ACAAUUUGACCAAAGGAGGACACAGAAGCGACGAAGUCUGGUCUGUUUUUAUCAAGUGAAGAUACUACAAGAAAAAACAUGGAGAAAGCUACAGCUGUCAGAGAGCUCAAUGCAGUUCUUGUGGGAUCAAGAAGCGCCCAGAAAUAUUACGCUGGAAACAUGAUCCUGGGAAAAGAGACGUUUGAUCCUGUAGAAGAAACAUGUUGUUGUGAGAGGGGAGAGGCGGAAGUAUGCGGGAGAAGAGUCUCAUUGAUCAAAGCCCCUGGUUGGCUGCAAGGAUACUGCCUUUGUGAUACAUCAGAACUUUACAAGACGGAAGCGAUUCUCAGUGUCACCAUGUGUCCACCACAGCUACAUGGUUUUAUCCUGGUGAUAAAUGCAGAAAUGCUAUUCAAAGAUAAUUACAUGAAGGCAACCCUGGAGCACAUGCAGCAUUUCUUUGGUGAGACAGUGUGGGAUCACACCAUAGUGGUCUUCAUCCACAGAGGUCGCCUGGGCAAGACCAUUGAGCAAUACAUCAAGGGUGAAGGUGCACCACUGCAGUCACUUCUGGAGGCAUGUGGAAACAGAUAUCACAGUCUUUGUGAUGAAGGCAAAGACAAUGACAUGAUGGUCAAGGAGCUGUUUGAGAAGAUUGACGCCAUGGUGGCAGCAAAUAGCUACUAUGACAUGGACAGUACGCUAGUCCAAAGUGCUGAGACGAGGAGGACCGAAGUGAACAAAAAAGCAGAGGAUCGGCGUCUGCAGUCACAUCAACAAAGGGAAACACUCAAAGCACUUCUGAGAGAACCAAAACCCAGCCUGAGAAUCCUGAUGGUGGGGUGGGUGUUUUCUGGGAAGAGUGCUGCAGGAAAUAUUAUCAUGAGAUCAGAUGUGUUUCCUUCUGGGGAAAGGACAGUAAAAGCUUCAAAGCAACGUUGUGAGGUGGCUGGAAGAGAUGUUGUCAUUGUGGACACUCCAGGAUGGUGGAAGUUUUCCCCAUCUGCAUUUAAUCCUCCAUCUUUGAAGUCUGAGAUUGAAGAAGGAGUGUCUCUCUGCUCUCCAUCACCAAAUGUCAUUUUGUUGGCAGUGCCAUUUGACACAUCAUUUACAGAGGAACAAAAAAGAAUCACAGAAAGCAACAUGAGACCAUUUGGACAGAGAGUGUGGAGACAUGUGAUUGUGUUGUUUACAGUGGGGGACACUUUGGGGGACAAAACUGUCGAGCAGCACAUUGAAAGUGAAGGACAACCUCUCCAGUGGCUUAUUGAGAAAUGUGGAAACCGGUAUCAUGUGUUUAACAAGAAGAGAGAAGAUGAUGAUGAUCAGGUGAUUAAGCUACUGGAGAAGAUGGAGGAGAUGGUGGCAGGAAACUACUUUUUUUACUUCAGUGCUAACCCAGAGGAUCCACAACCUGAGCAAGACAGAAGUGACGAAUUAAGUGAAACCAGAGAUGAGAACACAACCAAGGAGGUCACAGAGCAACUUACCAUCGAAUGGGAUCGCAGGAACUGGGAGAAACAUCACAUCCUCAAAGGAAACGACAGCAUGAGUACACCACCAAACAUGAGUAAAAGUAUGAAGACUGUGAAAUCAGAAAAAGAUGAGAAAGAAAAGAAUUACCAAUAUGAAGAUGACGAGUUCCAGAAAAGAGCGACUGAAGAUGAAGUGGGAGCGAGCAAUGAGAACCCAUAUAUCAGACUGAUGGAGAGAGAAUGGAGAAGACGAGAAGCGGUGAUGGAACUGGCAGAACGGACACAUUUCUUCACUGCAGGAAAAUCCGAGCCAGAUGCUGAUCAAGUGCUGGAAGCAAGAGCAAAGGUGUCUGCAUGGUUGAAACAAUUAGAUUCAGGCUGUGGAGGUACGAUUUACAGUGUGGGGCCAGAGGAAGAAGCAGCUCAGCAACACUGACAUUUUGCAAAGUACUCAUUCAGCAUAGACAGACAAUCCAUGUAAUUUAUUGCUAUAUAUGUAUAGUUUAACACAGUGAAGUGAAAAAUUAUUUAUUGUUAACAAUCAAAGUAACCUCGUAUAUGUAUCUAUUCUAUAUUAUUUUAAGCUCUUUGGGCGCCUUAACAGAACUUUAAAAAGUUACUUUUUGUAAAGUUUUACUUUUGUUUCAGAUUAUAGAAUUAUAGAAUAAUUUAUUUCCUUGUGAAUCUGUGGUGUGUGCUGAGGUGGUGGAUGAUGUGAUGUGCACAAUUACUGAAUACUAGGAAGUGAGAUCUCCAAGGACUAAUGUGUAUAAUGUUGUUGCAUUUACAGAGAUAAACACACAUUCUCCAAAUCUAAAAGUAAUCAUGUAAAUGUCAAAUGAAUAAUAAUCAAUAAAAUAUUGUUAUACUGACAGCAGGAUCCAGUUUUCAGGUUUACAAUCUAGUAGAGUCUACCUUUUCUGAAUUCAUGCAAGAUAAAUAAUAAUUCUUUAAAAUUAUUUGUGAAGACUGCAACUCACUGCCAAAGAGACUAGAGCCAAGCUAGAUAAAGUAAAUUAUUCCCAUUAUUAUUAAGUAUGAUUUUCCUACAAAAUGAGUGACAAAAUAUGUGCAAGGCAUAUCACAAAAAUACUGCAUAUGUUAUACAGGCAUGGAUGCUGUUGGUAGGUUUUAACCAAGUACAUUUCAUUAGUUAUCAAUUUGUAAAUAGACAAGUAGAUAAACUUCUAUACUCCUGCUGACAAAACAUGUCCUGGACAAGAAAAACAUUUCUGUGACCCACUGAUGAUCAGCAAUUUAUACUUUUUUUAUUUUUAAGAUUGUAUUAACUGUCUGUUUUCUUUGUAUUAUCAUUCUGUUUAUUUGCUCAUAUAUAGAUAUUAUUUGCAUGUUUGGAAUAAAUCACUAAAUCAGCAAAAUCAGAAAUGUUAGAUUCUAAUGUAAUGAAGUAGGUCUUUUGAAAUCCAUGUAACGUCAAAAUGAUGUUUAAAUUAUGCUUUGUAAAUAUGUUUGUUUACCAGAUUUACUCUGGUUUGAAUUAUGAUGUGCUUAAUCUGUGAAUUACACAUAUCAGCUGCAGACCGAGAUUCUGUCUGACAUGA